AUGGGCGUGUUAUGUAUAGCUCAACUCCGUAAUGAACAAAGUCGCCAUGGGAGUAUUUCCUAUGGCACUCAAAGGAAUCUCAAGCUCGCAUUUCGCCUUAACCUUCAUGCUAGAACCUGUGAACUCACCAAGCCUGAACCUAAUCUUAAAAUAAAGUUUCAAAUCGACAUUAAAAAUCCUACUUCUCUGAUCUUCUUGGAAAUCCUUCAUCUGAUCGUCAUUCAACACCGUCACGUGAAUCCCCGUGAAAACCCCGUACAUGUGAUCCGUGCUUUUCGUACUUUGGAGGAACGAAUUCUGCAACGUCACCACCUCCGUGGUCGCAAACCUUACGCCCUCGUAGAACACGUUCGCCUCUACGGUGUCGUAGUAGAUGUCGAGCUUCGUGUUGGGGUUUCGUGCCGUGAAGUUGAGGACGAGGUUGUAACGAAGGGUGUUGUCGUUGGAGGUGUAGUUGAACUGCGCAAGCGUCGCGUGGCUCACGACGAACCUGAAGGGACGUGGCUCGAUCACGACCCAGAAGACGAUGAAUACAACAACGACGAAGAUCAUGACUGCAAGGAUAAACUUCCAGAGGAAGCUGAAGAAGAGGGAGCUGCAGCAAUUUGUUCGGCGGUGGUUUCGUGGCGCCUCCGCUGGAGGAAUCCCAUGGCCGUAAUACGCACCGUUUAG